GUCACAGUUCACAUUAUCACAUUCCUUGGGCUCUGAGAAAUAGUACCAGUGAUGUUUUCCAUGUUUGGUCCACGAUCCCUUGUUUUGUUUUCAGUGUGAUACGUAAUAACAUCCAUGAAAUCCAGAGCACUUAGGAUUGCACGGAUUUUUGCUGAACUUGUAAAGGAGGCAUUUGGGAUGAUGGAUUAAUAACAACAGCAUUGAAAUUCUAUGGAAAGUUUCAAAUUGGAGCAUUCAAGUUGAAUUUUCACCCUAGUCCAGCAGCUCUGCUGCUCACUUAAAUGCAGAUGAAUGAAGACCCCAUUCGGGAAGACACCUGGCCAGCGGUCCAGAGCUGAUGCAGGCCAUGCGGGUGUGUCUGCAAGCAUGAUGAAGAAACGGACAUCCCACAAAAAACAUCGGAGCAGUGUGGGGCCGAGCAAACCUGUUUCCCAGCCCCGGAGGAACAUCGUAGGCUGCAGGAUUCAGCAUGGGUGGAAAGAGGGGAAUGGCCCUGUCACCCAGUGGAAAGGAACCGUUCUGGACCAGGUGCCUGUAAAUCCUUCUUUGUAUCUUAUAAAAUACGAUGGAUUUGACUGUGUUUAUGGACUAGAACUUAAUAAAGAUGAAAGAGUUUCUGCGCUUGAAGUCCUCCCUGAUAGAGUUGCAACAUCUCGAAUCAGUGAUGCACACCUAGCCGACACAAUGAUUGGCAAAGCAGUGGAGCACAUGUUUGAAACCGAGGAUGGCUCUAAAGACGAAUGGCGGGGGAUGGUCUUAGCACGCGCCCCUAUAAUGAACACAUGGUUUUACAUCACCUACGAGAAAGACCCUGUCUUAUACAUGUACCAGCUCUUAGAUGAUUAUAAAGAAGGCGACCUUCGCAUUAUGCCGGAUUCUAACGAUUCACCUCCAGCAGAAAGGGAGCCAGGAGAAGUUGUGGACAGCCUGGUAGGCAAGCAAGUGGAAUAUGCCAAAGAGGACGGCUCCAAGAGGACUGGCAUGGUCAUUCACCAAGUAGAGGCCAAACCGUCUGUCUAUUUCAUCAAGUUUGAUGAUGACUUCCACAUUUAUGUCUACGAUUUGGUGAAAACAUCUUAGAUGUCAUCAUGAACUUUGCCAAAUUUGUGGAACUAUUAAAUGUAUAAUUUGUAGACAUAAA